CUCCUCUUUUGCUCAUAGUUCUGGCCACCUGAAGCUUCUUGUUCUGAGCCGAGGCGGGAGGAGCAAGCAGCUCCUACUCCCCCCCCCUUCUCAUCCCAGCUGCAAAGUUCAGAGAGUUGAAGUGCAGUGCUUUGAGUUCACUGCUGGCUCCGCCACAGUCAACCUCUGUUGUAAAUUUUCCUCCCGGAACACGUGACGAUGCACUUCUUGACUAUAUAUCCCGAGGAUAGCAACGGGGCUGUCAGAGCGCGGAGCCUGACACAGAAGGAAAACGUUCCCGGAUUCAGCCUUGUAGGAGUUCCACACUUGGGACGAACUGUCAGCCUUUGAUCCCCGCUGUGUGAGUGGCAUUUCAAUGCUGAGGAUGGAGUCUCUGAACAGCACACACCCCAGCGCUGCAGCCUCCAGCAGUCCUCUCGAGUCCCGUGUGCCUAGUAACAGCAGUGGCAAUGGCAACGAAUACUUCUAUAUCCUGGUCGUUAUGUCCUUCUAUGGCAUUUUCUUGAUCGGAAUCAUGCUGGGCUACAUGAAAUCCAAGAGGCGGGAGAAGAAGUCCAGCCUCUUGCUGCUUUACAAAGACGAGGAAAGGCUGUGGGGGGAGGCUAUGAAACCGCUGCCCAUGAUGUCUGGCCUGAGGUCGACGCAGGUGCCCGUGAUGCUGAAUAUGCUGCAAGAGAGCGUGGCGCCUGCGCUGUCCUGCACCCUCUGCUCAAUGGAAGGGGACAGUGUGAGCUCUGAGUCCUCCUCUCCAGAUGUGCACCUCACUAUCCAGGAGGAAGGGGCUGAUGAUGAGUUGGAGGAGACCUCUGAGACACCUCUCCAUGAAAGCAGUGAAGGGUCUUCAGAAAACAUCCAUCAGAAUUCCUAGCACCCCCCAGGACCCUGGAGGUGGCUCCAUGAGCCACGCUUGACCGAGGAGAGAUAUUUACCAAGUGCCUGGUUUCACUUUUGCUCUGCAGCUGCCACUUUGAGCAGACUGUGGGCAAGCCCCCAAAAAGGGGGAGGGAGAGAGAAGGCUCAUCUGGAGUCCUCAAGGUUCCUGUGGUUCGGACCCACCACUGAAAAAGUCCCAGAGACACACAGCAUGACCAUUUACUCUGGGGUCUGGGUGUUGGGGGUCCCUGUUCAGCAUCUGGCUGUAUAAUGUGUUGUUAUUUUCACUGGAUGCCCUGGGUAACUUCUGCAGCAUCUGUCUGUGCCCGGGGCUGACAACUGCCCAGGGCAGGCUGAAGGACUACUUUUGAUUUGUUAAUUUGCCUAGAGCUUUGUUCUUCUAGAUCUAAUCGGCUGUAAGUAUCUUUAUUGUGUGCCUGUGGCACUUGGUCACAGAGAGUUCACACAUUUCUUUGGGAGGUCUUUUGGAUUAUGAAGGCGAAUACUUGACGGGCAAUUUGUGAUAUGGAGAAAGCUGGAGGUAGAACCCAGCUUGUUUGCACAAUGCAAGGAGAGAAAGCAAUGUGUACAUAUAUCCGCGUUAGCGGAGGGUAUAAGCUAUGACCUAUUUUGAGCUUUUGUCUCACCUGUGAGCUUGAACUCUGACUUGUGACUGUACAGCAUUGCAGGUGAGCAUGGCUUUCUUUGUCAGCGAGCUUCCUCAGAAUCAAGCCCGCAUUCAGGAUAGCUGUUCAGGGUGGCACUCCUGACCUUCACAGAUUGGGUAAUGGUAGGGUUAUAUGAGGCAAAAGCAUUGAUAGCUCUGCUAUGGUUCUUUUUCCCAGCCGAGUUUUCCGAAGCCAGAGAGGACAUGUGUGGGCCUCACAAUGUGGGUGUUUGUCACGUAGCUGAGACCUAGAAGUGCAUACUCAGGAGAGAUUGCACAGAGCUGAGGUCCAAACACUGUGUUUCCUGAACUGAGCUCUGACGCUCAUUUACUGUGUGGUCCUGGGCUUGUCAUCAUAAGGUUCAUUGCCUUCAUGAGGCUCCCGAGGCUGUGCAGCCCCAGGGGGCUGGGAGGACAUCUUUAGACUUUGUACUGUGUGAUAAAUCCUCCAAGGCCUGGUGUGAGGAAGUUUGGACCAAGUAUUUUCCCUUUGGCUGCUUAGUCUGCAGAAGGAUGUGUUGACUUAAAGGCGCAGUUGGAGACGAGAUAGUGUAACUGGGGAAUUUGGGGCUGAUCAGCCGCCAUCCCUACUGUAGCUUUCCCAGGACGGGACCAAAGAUGCAGACAGCUCAGUUUCCUCGGCAGAGUUCUGUAGAAGGGAGGAUGUUAAAGUUCCCAGCUGAGGGAAAGAGAAGGCUAAACGGAGCUUCACAGGGCCACUUGCCAGUGCUCCAUGUCAUCCUGUGGUCCAGAACUUGCAGAAGGUCUUUUGCCCACCGAAGACCUUCGAAAGGAAGCAGAAAAAAAAAAAAAAAAAACAAACCCAAAUGCCAAGCUUGACUCUAAUGAAAAACCUUUUUAAUUUUUAUUUAUCCUAGCUCUCCCUGGGUUGGGGACAAAGCAG